CCUGACUCCUUCAUUCCCAAUCUCCUUGCACCAUGUUAUUUCUUUGAUGUUAGAUUACUAGCAGUUGACCUGUUGAUUGGCCUUUCCUCUUGAGUGACUUGCUGCUGUAAUAUUGCCAUAGAGGUCCUGUAGCAGUGUAUAUGUAUAUGCAGUUUUGUGCAUCCUCUAUUCCUAAAUAGAUGCCUCUCACUAAUAAAUUUUCCUAAAAUAUAUAUCCUCUUGAGUGACUUGCUGCUGUAAUAUUGCCAUAGAGGUUGUGCAGCAGUGUAUAUGUAUAUGCAGUUUUGGGCAUUGACUGACUCGGUACUACAGCACAAUUAGCACUGUAUAUGUAUAUGCAGUUUUGGGCAUCCUCUGUUCCUAAAUAGAUGCCUCCCACUAACAAAUUUUCCUGAAAUAUAUAUCCUCUUGAGUGACUUGCUGCUGUAAUAUUGCCAUAGAGGUUGUGCAGCACAAUCUGAAAUAUAUGCAGUUUUGGGCAUUGACUGACUUGGUACUACAGCACAAUCUGAAAUAUAUAUAUCUGAUAGUAGAUUAGAGCCUUUCCUCUUGAGUGCCAUGUUAUUUCUUUGAUGUUAGAUUACUAGCAGUUGAUCAGUUGAUUGAUUUGCUACUACGGCACAAUCUGAAAUAUAUAUAUAUCUGACAGUAUAUUAGAACCUUUCCUCUUGAGUGCCAUGUUAUUUCUUUGAUGUUAGAUUACUAGCAGUUGACCAGUUGAUUGGCCUUUCCCCUUGAGUGACUUGAUAGCUGCUGUAAAAUUGCGAUAUAAGCAGGUUUAGAGGUCGUGUAGUAGCAUAUAUGUAUAUGCCAUAUAAGCAGGUUUAGAGGUUAUGUAGCAGCGUAUAUGUAUAUGCAGUUUUCUGGGCAUUAACUGACUUGGUAGUACGGCCAUUCAGGAGAACUGCAUUAUUUGCUAGAUCAGUGUGUAUGUCACUUUGUUAUAACAUUUUUAAGGUUAAUUAGUACGCAUAACACAAAAGGUACCAGUAUUCCUUUAGGUGAUCACCGCUUUUUAAUAAUUUUGUAAUCAAACCCUUGUGUUUAUAAGACUGGGCAAGAUGGAUGUACCAGAAAGUUCUUCACAGGGUCUCUCUGUUCGACGAGGUCGUGGCCGUCCACGCGGACCACGACACCGAUCAUCACCGCCUGUUCUAAUCCCGCGACCAACCCCGGUUGCUGCAGCUGAAAACCGUCGUAGGCGUAUGCAGCUUAACAGAGAAACUCUGGUACAAAACGAAAACUUGACUUUACUGAAGAUGUUACCGACAAAUCCCAAAGCAGUACAAAAAACAAGAAUGCAUCAAACAAUCCAGGACAGGCAGAGUAAUGCUGCGAGGGGAAACAUAUGGAGGGCAACAUCCAGCUAUGCUACAAUGAAGAUACAAGCUUCAAUGCCUUCCAUACCAGUUACUUAUAGUAUAACAUUAUCAAUAAUCGUUACCUUCAUCCCUACCUACUGUAAAUAAGAAACAUUCUCAAAAUUCUAAAUGUCUUUCAGCAGUACAAAACUAUAUAUAUAUAUAUAUUAUGAUGUGAGACUACAUGUAUCUGCAACAACUGUUGAUGUCAUAUGUACCUUUUC